GAUUUUAUCACGUGAUAUAAAUUUGCAAUACAUCUAUAAAAACACCAGAGGAGUUGACACGAUCAGAAACAGAUUGUAAAACGAUCGAGACAAAAUGCUUGGUAAAAGACUUCAGUACUUUGUCUGCUUUAUUGGAGUCGCUCUCAGUUUGUUUUACGAGAUUGAAUGCCGGCCGACUGAGUCAAUUGAUACUGAGAUGAUUUUCGCAAGGUGCGGAGAUAAACAAACAUUGCAAUGCCUUACAGAGGAUGGCCAGAAGGGAUGCAUCAUGAAGAAUGGGAUUGUUGAAUCUAAUACUGGCAAGCUGGUGUUAGAAUCCGUCACCAAGAAUGACGAAGAUCCUGUAACAGUUAUUGGAGAAUCCGGAUCGAACUUGGCAUAUCCCCUGGAAUGUGAACGACCCACAGGUUUCAAUAUCUUAUGGUUGAAGGACCUAACACCGAUUGCAAAUAGCACAGCUUUUUUCAAUAAAGAUGAUAGAUAUUCUUUUAAGAAUCGGUAUUUAAGGGACAGCCAUUUGAUGAUAAAUUCUUUGAAGAAGACUGAUGAGGGACGUUACAAAUGUGAGCUGUUAAACGGUUCGGUUAUAAGUGACUAUAUGCUAAAACUCAAAGAAGAAGCAGCAAUCCCUGUUUCCAGUGAACCCAGAGUGAGCGUUUGGGAGUACCACGAGGUUCGUCUGUGGUGCAAUGCAACAGGGGUUCCAGAGCCCAAAGUCACGUGGUACGUGUUGGAAACCACAAAUCAACAAACUGAGGCUUUGAGAGACAUCGGAAUUCAGGGCAGAAUGCUUGGGAUAAAAAACGUGUCAAGGGACUGUGCUACAAAAUUCCAAUGCAACGCUUCCAACAACUACAACGAAAAGAAGGACCCAGUUUCAAAAGUCAUCCUUCUUGACGUGAAAUUUGUUCCGGAUGUAAAUAUAAAAGUGAAAAUCAACAACGGGAGUUUCAGCGUUGAAACCUCUAUACUUUCCGACAGAAAGGACUCAAUAGAAUUAGUGUGCGAUGUGUUUGCGAAUCCCUUGACAAAGAUUACAUGGUACCGAAAUAAAGUCAAGAUAGGACACUAUACAGUCGGAGAAGAUGGCCCCGAAAAAAAUGCUCAAGACCGAGAUAAUAAUGUAUAUACUAUCUCUAAUAUUCAGACAACUCCUACGGAACCAAGGUUUUGGGCUUUUCCAUUAAGAUUUCAGAUGGAUGGAGUGUUCAUGUUUGCUAAAUACCAGUGUGAAGUCGACACCGGAAAGAAGAAUUUUGUCAAAUACAUAGAGAUAAAGCAGAAAUAGAUCUAUACCUCUGUAUGCAGAUUUCAUAUAUUUAAACGUUUAAUGUGAAGUGAGCUUUUAGGGAAAUCUAUCAUCUUUCAGAAAAUAUAACAAUCUGUUAUUGGGUCAUUCGUGUACCUAAAACGUGUAUUUCUAAGUCUACAAUAUGUAUUAAGGUCAAGAUCUAGUAAAUGAAAGGUACCUACAGGUUUAUAAGAUUUAAGAUAUAAAUUCUUAAUAUGAUGCUUCUUAACAAUAGCUUUAUUUGAUAAUUUUUGGUAAGCACAAUGAAAAAUCAUAUUUUAAACUGUCAUUUUCAAUGAAAUAUGAAGUCCAAUGCGUCCAGUCGCUUUAAAGUAAUCAAUCGACUGUGAACUUAAAUUGUUUAGAGCGAUUGGAGGCAUUGUCAACACCUUCUUUAAGAAUGUGAACUAAAACAGUUUAUAAUGUAGUUAUUCUUUUUUCAUAGUUUCUUUAGUAGUUUUAGUAGUAGCGCUAGAUUUUGUUUUCUUUGUUUUACCAACGUGAUUUAUUUUUUUUUUGUCCUGAAGAAGGGACUGGUUGUCCCGAAAAUUUGACAAUAUCUAUUGUUCGUGUCGUUUGCUAUUUUAAGUGCUUUAUAUAAUUAUAAUUAAAUCUUCAACUUGU